AUGGCAGCUAUGAAGGGUAGCAACACUAGCACCAAGACAACUCGGGGCCGUCAGAAGAUUCAGAUAAAGAAACUCGAGAACGAAAGCAGUCGUCAAGUAACGUUCUCGAAGCGUCGCAAUGGUUUAUUCAAAAAGGCGAGCGAGCUUUGCGUUUUAUGCGGCGCGAACAUCGGUAUCAUUGUGUUCUCUCCGAAAGGGAAACCGUUUUGCUUCGGCUACCCGGAUAUAAAUGUGAUAUUGAAUCGUUAUUUUAGCGAAAACCUUCUCGAAGACAACGGUUCGACGACGAAUGGCGCCAUCGUUCCUUGUUUCGAUGAGUUUAACGAGGAGUGUCAAGAGACGCUGGAGAAACUAGAGGUCGAAAAGAAGCGAAUCAAAGAGAUUGAAAAAGAGAACGAAGAGAAGAAGAGAAGGGGAGAGUUUUGGUGGGAAGACCCUAUUGAUAAUAAUAUGGGGAUUGAGGAACUUGAAGCUUAUGCUAAAGCAAUGGAGGAGCUGAGGAACAAUGUGGUUAGCAGGGCUAAUGAAUUGGUGGGGGACGUAUUCACCGCAUCGGCAGCCACCAGUUAUGCCGUCCAAAACGGUGGUUUUGCCACUGGAGAGUCGAGUGGUUACGGUGAUUUCGGUCUCGAUAUCGAAGGUUUUAAUUUUGGUCAUGGUCCUGACUUAGAUUGUUAA